GUUAAACUCUCUUCGUACUUAUUAUAAUACAUUUAUAUAGAAAUAAAGUAUUUAAAAUCAAAAAUAAACAAUUAAACAUAUAAAACUACACAUAUAAUAAUAAAUUAAUAUUAAAAUAUAAAAUAUAAAAAUGCCAUCAGUCAAAAAUUAUAAUAAAAGAAAAACCGAAGAUGAUGAUUUAGAAGUCGAAGUUGAACAAUCAAAUUCAAAAAAAUUAAAAAUUACUAAAAGAGAUGAAAGUUCAGAUUCAGAUUCCUCAUCAUCAGACUCAGAUUCCGAAGUUGAAUCAAAAUCCAAACAAUUAUCAAAAGAUAAAAAAGAAGAUAAAAAGGAAGAUAAAAAAGAAGAUAAAAAAGAAGAAAUUAAACCAACCAACGAAAUUUUAUCACCAGAUGAAUGGAGAAGUAAAAAUAAUGUUCAAAUUGAAGGUAAAUUCCAACCAGAUCCAUUCCAAAAGUUUACAGAUUAUGAAUUCCCAAGAAUGUUCCAACAUAUUUUCCAAUCAUUUACAUCACCAACAGUUAUUCAAGGUCAAAGUUGGCCAAUUAUUUUAGGUGGUCACGAUUUAGUUGGUUUAGCAGCUACAGGUUCAGGAAAAACAUUAGCUUUUCUUUUACCAGCACUCUUAAAGAUUAUUUCACUCCCAAAGAGACCAUCCUAUGGUGCCACUCCACUCAUUUUAGUUAUGGCACCAACUAGAGAACUUGCUCAACAAAUUGAAGACGUCUGUAAAUCAUCAGUUCGUGGUACAUCCAUUCGUCAAUUAUGUGCUUAUGGUGGUUUAGGUAAACUCGAUCAAUGUAGAAUCUUACGUAAUGGUGUCGAUAUUAUUAUUGGUACUCCAGGUCGUUUAAAUGAUUUACUUAGAAAACACCAUUUAUCAAGUGUUCAAUAUUUAGUUUUAGAUGAAGCUGAUCGUAUGUUAGAUAUGGGUUUCCUUCCACAAAUUGAAACACUCAUUGAUCAAAUCCCAAAAGAACGUCAAACUUUAAUGUUUUCAGCCACCUGGCCAAAAGAAGUCAAACAACUUGCUUCCAAAUUCCUUAGAGAUCCAAUUAAAAUUACUGUUGGUUCACAAGAAUUAACUGGUUCCAUUAAUGUUACCCAACACAUUACAAACAUUGACGAGUUAGCCGAUAUUCAAGUUGAUGAUUUAAUUUUCGACGAAAUUAAUAAGAUUCUUACAGCCGAUCGUAGUAAUUUAGUCAUUGUAUUCUGUAACGAAAAAUAUAAAUGUGAUGAUUUCCAACAUUAUUUAUCUGCAUCUAAAAACGAAAAAUCUAUUGUUUUACACAGUGGUAAAGAUCAACGUCAACGUGAACAAGGUCUUCGUUUAUUCCGUGAAAAGCGUAUCCGUAUUUUAAUUGCCACUGAUGUUGCUGCUCGUGGUCUCGAUAUCCCAAGUGUUAAAGCCGUUUUCAAUUAUCGUCUCCCAGGUAACAUUGAAGAUUACGUUCAUCGUAUUGGUAGAACUGGUAGAGCCGGUAAAACUGGUGAAGCUUGGAGUUAUGUCACUACUCAAACCCCAGGUCUUAGAGAUUUAGUUAAAAUUUUACAAAGAACCAAUCAAACCAUUCCAGAUUUCCUUCAAAGAUUCGCAGUACACUCCAGACCAACUCAAUCAAGAUAUAGCAAUAAUGGUGGUGGUGGUCGUGGUGGUAGAGGCGGUCGUGGUGGUGGUAGAUCAUGGGGUAACAGAGAUAAUAAUGGCGGUGGUAGAUCAUGGGGUAACAGAGAUAACAACGGUGGUGGUAACGGUGGUAAUGGCGGCUCAUGGGGCAACAGAGAUAACAAUGGCGGCGGUAAAUCAUGGGGUAACAGAGAUAACAACGGUGGUGGUAAUGGUGGUAAUGGCGGCUCAUGGGGCAACAGAGAUAAUAAUGGUGGUGGUAAUAGAUCAUGGGGAAAUAGAGAUAAUAAUAGAGGCGGUUAUAAUAAUAAUAAUAGUAAUAGUAAUGGAAGUAAAGGAGAUUGGUAAAUUAUUUAAAAAUUUUAAUAAUUAAUCUAUUAUUUAUAUAUAUAC